UUACUUCUUCCUUGCUACAGGCCCCGAGAAAAAUAAAACCAUCUUUAAUCAUUAAAUCACAAAAUCUCUGUUCUGUUUUUUGCUUGUUCUAUCUGUUUGGAGGUCACGGCUAAAACUAGUCUUCAAUAUCUUCACGAGCUUCUAUAGGUGUUUUGGUGACAAGAGUUUGAGAUGGGUUCUGGGAACUUUUUCAAGGCAAUAAUUGGUUCAAAGAAAGGGAAACAAACAAAGGGACUUUCUACUGCUGUGAAAUCAAAAGCUUCCAAGAAGAAGGGUACUCAUGCUUCAUCACUAGUUGUCCGUAGCGAGGAUUGGGCAGCAACUAGAAUCCAGUCUGCGUUUAGAGCCUAUAAGGCUAGAAAAAUGUUAAGGCGUCUAAAAGGGAUUGCAAGAGCAAAGGAGUUAACUGAAAAGCAUCCAGUGAAGAAGCAAGCGGCGGUUACACUGAAGUAUCUUCACUCAUGGAGUAAGAUACAGUCUCAGAUAAAGGCUCGCCGAGUUGGCAUGGUCAUGGAAAGCCGACUGAUGCAUAAAAGAUUAGAGAAUCAGCAGAAGCUUGAGGCUAAGCUUCACGAUAUUGAGGUUGAAUGGAAUGGUGGGGCAGAGACAAAAGACGAGAUCUUGGGGAGGAUACAUCAAAGGGAAGAAGCAACGAUCAAGCGGGAAAGAGCCCUGGCUUAUGCCUUCGCUCAUCAGUGGAAAGCAGAGGGUAAGACUCAGUGGCUAGGGGGUUAUGAGCUGGGGAAUACUAAUUGGGGUUGGAGCUGGAAAGAGCGUUGGAUUGCUGUUCGUCCUUGGGAAGUUAGACAUUCUUUGACUCCUAAGAAACCAAGGAGUUUAAAGACAGUUUGUUGCAAGAGUGAAACUAAGUCAAACUCACCGGCAAAGAGAGUAUCAUCAGUCUCAGCCAAAGCUCCGGCUUCUGGAGCCGCCGUGAAACCACGGAGAUUGUCAUUUCCAGGCGCCUGAAAUUAAGUUAAAAGUCUGUAUGCAUGUAAGAGUAUAUGAAUAUACAAAACGUACAAGAUUGCAAGAUUUGAAGUUGGUAUAUUUAUUUUGGUAUGUCUUCUGUUCUGUCUGCUGUUCCACGGAGAUUGUCAUUGUCAGUGUUAUGUGAUGUGAUGUGAUGUAAAUACAUGUAAUUUGAUAUG